GGCAGGGGCAGCAGCGGGAGCGAAGGCGCGGGGGCCUGGAGGCGGCGCCACGCCAGGAGGGCCCGGCCGGCCGGCGCGGCGGCCGCCGGCGGCGGCGGGCAGCGGCGGGCGGCAGCGGCAGCGCAGCCGACGCCAGACGCCGCGUGCGCCCGUUCGCGAGACCGCGGCAGGGGACCCGCCGCAGCGCUGAGGGGCCCGGAACCGGAGGUCGCCGCUGCCGCCAUGCCGCUGCUCUUCCUCGAGCGCUUCCCCUGGCCCAGCCUCCGCACGUACACGGGCCUCAGCGGCCUGGCCCUGCUGGGCACCAUCAUCAGCGCCUACCGCGCGCUCAGCCAGCCUGAGGUCGGCCCGGGCGAGCCGGACCAGCUAACGGCCUCGCUGCAACCCGAGCCGCCGGCGCCCGCCCGGCCGAGCGCGGGGGGACCACGGGCCCGCGACGUGGCCCAGUACCUGCUCUCAGAUAGCCUCUUCGUGUGGGUUCUAGUAAAUACUGCUUGCUGUGUUUUGAUGUUGGUGGCUAAGCUCAUCCAGUGUAUCGUGUUUGGCCCUCUUCGAGUGAGUGAGAGACAGCAUCUCAAAGACAAAUUUUGGAAUUUUAUUUUCUACAAGUUCAUUUUCAUCUUUGGUGUGCUGAAUGUCCAAACAGUGGAAGAGGUGGUCAUGUGGUGCCUCUGGUUUGCCGGACUUGUCUUUCUGCACCUGAUGGUUCAGCUCUGCAAGGAUCGAUUUGAAUAUCUUUCCUUCUCGCCCACCACGCCAAUGAGCAGCCACGGUCGAGUCCUGUCCCUGUUGGUUGCCAUGCUGCUUUCUUGCUGUGGACUGGCGGCCGUCUGCUGCAUCACCGGCUACACCCACGGAAUGCACACCUUGGCUUUCAUGGCUGCAGAGUCUCUUCUUGUGACAGUGAGGACUGCGCAUGUGAUUUUACGAUACGUAAUUCACCUCUGGGACCUCAAUCACGAAGGGACGUGGGAAGGAAAGGGGACGUACGUCUAUUACACAGACUUCGUCAUGGAGCUCACUCUCCUGUCCCUGGACCUCAUGCACCAUAUUCACAUGUUGUUAUUUGGCAACAUCUGGUUAUCCAUGGCUAGCUUGGUCAUCUUUAUGCAGCUUCGUUACCUGUUUCAUGAGGUGCAGCGUCGAAUUAGUCGGCACAAGAACUAUCUGCGUGUGGUUGGGAACAUGGAGGCCAGGUUUGCAGUUGCAACUCCAGAGGAGCUGGCUGUCAACAAUGACGACUGUGCCAUCUGUUGGGACUCCAUGCAGGCUGCGCGGAAACUGCCCUGCGGACAUCUUUUCCACAACUCCUGUCUUCGUUCCUGGCUAGAACAAGACACCUCCUGUCCAACAUGCAGAAUGUCUCUUAAUAUUGCCGACAAUAAUCGUGUCAGGGAAGACCAUCAAGGAGAGAAUUUGGAUGAGAAUUUGGUUCCUGUAGCAGCAGCCGAAGGGAGACCUCGCUUAAACCAACACAAUCACUUCUUCCAUUUCGAUGGAUCACCAGAGGGGGUAGAGAUGCAUGGGCCGGACAGAACAAGUAAGAAGAUCAAGCUGAAAGAACAAGCUAGAGAAUUCAUUUACAUAUGUGGAAAAAAAAUCCAGAGCUGCUUGGAUGAAAGUAUGGAUGGUGGUGUGGCCAGGCCUGUGCCUGCUCUCCCUACACAUACACCCACCCUAGAGCCCUACGCUCAUCAGAUUCAAGAGAUGUUUCCCCAGGUUCCAUACCAUCUAGUGCUGCAGGACCUCCAGCUGACACGCUCAGUUGAAAUAACAACAGACAACAUUUUAGAAGGACGGAUUCAAGUACCUUUUCCUACACAGCGGUCAGAUAGCAUCAGACCUGCAUUGAACAGUCCCGUGGAAAGGCCAAGCAGUGACCAGGAAGAGGGAGAAACUUCUGCUCAGACCGAGCGUGUGCCACUGGACCUCAGUCCUCGCCUGGAGGAGACGCUGGACUUUGGCGAGCUGGAAGUGGAGCCCAGUGAGGUGGAAGACUUUGAGGCUCGUGGGAGCCGCUUCUCCAAGUCUGCUGAUGAGAGACAGCGCAUGCUGGUGCAGCGUAAGGAUGAGCUCCUCCAGCAAGCUCGCAAACGUUUCUUGAACAAAAGUUCUGAAGAUGAUGCGGCCUCAGAGAGCUUCCUUCCCUCGGAAGGUGCGUCCUCUGACCCGGUGACCCUGCGUCGAAGGAUGCUGGCUGCCGCCGCGGAACGGAGACUUCAGAAGCAGCAGACCUCCUAGCGCUCCCUUGCCUUCCUCAGCUGCCUCCUGCGCCCUGUGCCCCACCGACCGGAGGAGGCCUGUCCCAGUUCUGCCCGCUGUGUGGAGAAGCGGGCUUGACUGCAUUGCCGCUGUAUAAAGCAUGUGGUCUUAUAGUGUUUGGACAGCUGACAAAUUUAAUCCUUCUUUGUAAUACUUUCUAUGUGACAUUUCUCUUCCCCGUAGAAACACUGCAAAUUUUAACUCUAGGCAUGAUCUCUUCUGGUGUUGACUGGACUGCUUGGGGGAGGGGAUGAUCAGGAGGAAGUGAGCAGUCGCCUGCCUGCAGCAGGCAACUUCAAUUCCUGCCUCGUGUGUACAUCCCACAAAUGCAGGUGUCCUGAGCACCACAUCCAGUGCGAAGAGUGUCGGGGAGACGCACAGUGUGAGCGCGCCCCCACAUCAUGGGGUAACAUCUGUUAUCAAACCGCUGGCCUUGUUGUGGAAGCACGUAGACUGUGCCAGAGGCCAGGCCCACGGGCUCAGGCACCCCUGAGCCAGCAGGGCGUCUUGGAAAAAUAACUCUUGGUUCAAUACCUGGAGCAGAGGAGGGGAAAGCCCAGGGCUGCAGGGUGUGACAAAAUCACCCCUUUCUGUCCCACUGUAUCUGGGACUGACUUUCUGAUCCCCCAGUCCAAAGCCGGCUUGAUUUCCGCGAACUCUGGUGCUCCUGCAUCUCAUGAGUGCGCCCCAUGGGUUCCCUCCCCUCUCAGCAUUUCCUUGUCCCCUCUGGACCUGCAGAGUGGUUAAGCAACAAGCUUUGGUUUAUGGUUUUCAUUCACUGGUCAAGUACAUUAGGCAAUGCUAAAGCCUGUGGGUUUGGUCCUUGAACAAGAUGUGGGCCUUGCAAGAUGGGAGAGUAAACCUCGAAGGGCUUUAUUAAAGAAAUAAAAGAGAACUUUUGUAUCUUUCAUCCUGGGAGCACUGCGUUUUCCUAGCUGUGUUCUUCCUGGUUUAAUUCAGCAGAGAAGGUAGGGUGUGAACCUACAUGCCUUGGAGCAGGCCCAGGUCCCAAAUCUCUUCAAAUUCUUCACAUGUUUAACUUUAAGGAUUUGAACCGUGCAGUCAUAGGUUGCAGACUUCAGUUUUAUGCCCCACUGGAUUACUUUUUUUUUUUUUUUUUGAACUGUUUGAAAGCUUUGUUUUGUGGUAGUCCUUUUGGGAAGAAUCCAGUAUUAUCUACAAUUAUUGGCAAAGUUUAAAUGUAUUUUACAUAACUGAAAGUUUUUAGAAUGUUGAAAAGUAAUUGAAAAACGUGAUAGGUAAAUUUUUAGGCAAAGAUAAUUUAUUUCAAUAAAUCUUUCAAAAGCCUUACCUUGAAAUGCUGUUAGUAAAUUUCUGUGAUUUUUUUAAAAAAAAUUUUGUUUUGCUGAGAGCAUAGCUAUUUGUUUUUAUUGUAAAACAACAGUAAUAAUAAUAAAAAGCAAACUCUACU